GGAGCGGGGCCAUGGAGCGCUACGAGAAGCUGAGCAAGGUCGGGGAGGGCUCCUACGGCGUCGUCUUCAAGUGCCGCAAGAAGGACACGGGCCAGAUCGUGGCCAUCAAGAAGUUCCUGGAGUCGGAGGAAGACCCGGUGAUCAGGAAGAUCGCCCUGCGGGAGAUCCGCAUGCUGAAGCAACUGAAACACCCCAACCUGGUGAACCUGCUGGAAGUGUUCAGGAGGAAGCGGAGGCUGCAUCUGGUCUUCGAAUACUGCGACCACACAGUUCUCCACGAGCUGGACAAGCACCCUCGGGGGGUGCCGGAGCAUCUAGUGAGGAGCAUAACCUGGCAGACCCUCCAAGCUGUGAACUUCUGCCAUAAACACAAUUGUAUCCACCGAGAUGUAAAACCAGAGAACAUCCUGAUAACAAAGCACUCGGUCAUCAAACUCUGUGACUUUGGAUUUGCUCGCAUCCUGACUGGUCCGAGUGAUUAUUACACAGACUACGUGGCUACCAGGUGGUAUCGCUCUCCGGAGUUACUUGUGGGAGACACCCAGUACGGCCCUCCCGUGGACGUGUGGGCGAUAGGCUGUGUCUUUGCAGAGCUGCUGUCUGGGGUGCCCCUGUGGCCUGGCAAGUCUGAUGUCGACCAGCUGUACCUCAUCCGGAGAACCCUGGGGGAUCUUAUUCCCAGGCACCAGCAAGUGUUCAGCACCAACCAGUUCUUCAGCGGGGUAAGAAUUCCAGACCCGGAGAGCAUGGAGCCGUUAGAAAUGAAAUUCCCCAAUAUUUCAUACUCUGCUUUAGCUCUCAUGAAGGGUUGCCUUCGUAUGGACCCCGCCGAGAGGCAGACAUGUGAGCAGCUGCUGCAGCAUCCCUAUUUUGACAGAAUUAAGGAGGCAGCGAAUCUGGGGAAAGAACAUGAAAAAACAGCUCGGAAACCAGCCAGGCUGGCUCGGAAGCACGCACCAGGGUUACAGCACCUGCCUCAGUUAACCAGCAGUAACGUUCUGCCGGCUUUGGACAGCAAGAAGUACUGCUGCAAAACCAGGAAAUCAAACUACCACUUUCCUAACAUCUAA